GUUCAUCCCCCACAUCUUUCGCAACCUACAACCUAUCACCAACAAGACUGGAUGACCACAAGCAGAUCUCCACAGUGUGCGCUUGACAGGAUUAGACGCGUACGCUAGGAUUUUAUGCGCAUAAAGACCAGCUACGGCCUCCCACAGAAUGAAGCGCAAAGCGCACGACUCCAUCCAAGACCAUCAGGAAUACAGCCAGGUAGGCGAUCUGAGGUAGGGAGGUAUCUAGCAAUCAUAGCUGACUGAAUUCGCGAGCAGUAUUUACCUGCGACUCCACCUAAACGACAAAAUAUGGGUGCCUCUCACAGUUCCCUAAGCAGCUGGUAUCCAUGGGGCUGGUUGUGUUCGCUGGCCUCACCUUUUACACCUAAAAUCAAGACCAGAGAGGGUAGGAAUCUUCUUUAUGCCCUCGAGCUUUUCUGGUCAUUAAUAUCCCCAGGCCUCUCAGAAACUCCUACACCAAUUCCGAAAGCGGUCAAGAAAGAGGAAGAGGAAACGCGCUCUAAGAGACAACCAAUACCACAUAUACACGAUGAACCACAUUCACGAAAUCAGAAAGAUGGCAGCCCUAGCCCUAUCCUCUCACUCUGCAACAAGGGCAAGGCUAAGGCUCAGUGGGGCAAAUUGGUUAUUGAAGAUUACGAAAAUGAAAACGAUGCUACGCAAGCUGCCAACGAUCUCUGGGAUCCGCCAGAGCUCUUUGGAGAGGCCCCAAUGGAUGAUCGCACUCCAUUGGAAGCCAAAAAACGAAUCAGAGCACCGAGUGCAAGCACUCCUUCGAGGACGACUACGGUUACGACUCCAUCGCGCCAGGGAGGUGGCAUAUCACCGUCGACGAGCCGGAAAAGGAAGCUAGCAUCGAGAAAGACCGACAUCAAUGAUGACUUGGGCAGGCUUUUGGGCAAGGAUAAGGAUGAAAAAGAACCCUCGAUUUAUACUCCAUCGCAAAUCAAGAGGGUUGAACUAGCGAGGAGAGAACAGGAAAGGAAGGAGAGAGAAGCGGCGAAGGCUCGUUUGGCGAAACAACAACGUCGAAUCUACAGACGGGCUCCGCGGGACAAUGGUCGUCUUAUUACGCCUGUGCGACCUCAAUGGGAGGAAAGGGUUGAUGAUAUUUUACAAGUGCCGGAAACUGCGCCGAAGCCCGUCACAACUACUCCUAUUGGAACUGAGCUACGAGCCAAAGAUUUCCACACCGUCUUAACAGGCCGAGAGUGGUUGAACGAUGAGAUUGUCAACGGCUACCUUGACUGGAUUGUGUUGGCUGCUUGUGAGGCUGCCAAUAAAGAAGACGAGGCCGAUGGCAAGCCACCAAGUACCGUUCCGAAGUUUAUUGCCCACACGAGCUUCUUCUACCAAAUGAUGCUCAACAAAGGAGGGAAAGGUACCCAACGCCUCAUGAAAAGGAAGAAGGCCCCAGACGACUCUCUUUUGGAGGUAGAUUCUAUCUUCAUACCCAUUAACAAAAACAACCAUUGGACGUUGGGAGUUGUUAGACCGGUAGCGAAAACCAUCGAGUACAUUGAUAGUUUCAACGGCGAUGAGGGAAUACCAUUCAGAAGGAUCGCACGAGAAUGGCUGAGGGAUCUUUUGGGAAGCAAAUAUGUCGCAGAUGACUGGAAGGAUUUUCGAACGCCAUCUACCCAGCAGACGAAUGGGUACGACUGCGGUGUCUUCGUUUGUACGAACGCACUGUGCGUAGCUCUUGGUUUGCAGACCAAUUGCUAUACCGAGGACGAAUUGAUAGAUCAACGCAAAGUUGUUGCUGCUACCCUACUGAACCGGGGCUUCACUGGAGAUUUUGAUUGGGACAGGUAUGCGAGACUUUAAAUAUUGGCAUGGCGGGCUUGAAAGGGGCGGCUUAGAAGCCGGGGUUUCUGGCGUUUUGAACCUGCGAUACCCCAUUCUGUUUUAUUGAAUUUGUACCGGUGCACCUGAUGGGAUGGAUGAUGCCGGUUGUCUCUCAUACAUAGAGGCAUGAGAGAACUGCCCAAAAGCUUGUGCUUGUAUGACUGUGGAGGAAAGGAUAUUGGGAACGUCUUCAGGGAAUCAAGCUGCGCAGUUUUUGUAGAAAUUCAUAGAGUUCUCAACUCUUCACUCAAUGUCUGUGACUGACAAAAUGUUUGGUUCAUCUGAUGACCCAACCUCGCAACCUCGGAUGAUAGCACCUGGAGCAUAGCCAGCCCAUGAAC